CGGAUUGUCUGGGCGGGGGCGCAUGCGCGGACUGACUGGCUGACUGACUGAGGGAGUGUGACCGUGGGACGACCGACAGGACGACCGGCCGGCGGCCAUGGCCCAGCUGAUCCGCAGCCUCACCGAGAAGGCCCCGGCCCUCGUCAACGCUGCCGUGACUUACUCGAAGCCGCGCCUGGCCACGUUCUGGCACUAUGCCAAGGUGGAGCUGGUUCCUCCGACCCCCGCCGAGAUCCCCAAAGCCGUCCAAGGCCUGAAGCACCUCGUCUCCAGCGCCCGGUCUGGCCGCCUCGCCCAGCUCACGGUCAAGGAAGCCGUGCUGAAUGGCUUGGUGGCCACCGAAGUCUUGAUGUGGUUUUAUGUCGGCGAGAUCAUAGGCAAGCGGGGCAUUAUAGGAUACGACGUCUGAAGACCUCUGCUUAGCUCCUGACUUCUUCCUUUAUUUCUUUGUAUGUAUAUGGAACACAGGUGGUCCAACCUUAAUCCCAAUAAAACUAGGCUAACGUGA